AUCAGUGUUUCAGUAAAGCUGGUGCAGGUGUCCAAUCUGAAUAUGCAGAGGGGGAAUUAUGAUGGGGUGGAGCAUGGAACUGGGUGGGUGAAUCCAUGUUGUUUUUGUUUGCCGCCUUCGAGAUAAAUCGGUGAAAUGCAGCAGAGCUAAGAACAGCAGAACAAGAGCAUCUGUCUAAAUACUGAAGAUUUGCCCCUUUGCUCUGGGAUAGAUGACCGUCCGCUAAUAAACAGACAACCAGAACUUUACAUUUUUAACUCAUUAUCUGCACAAGGUGGACGACAGGAAAAACAUCCUGAAUAACAACUGACCAUCAACAGAUUGCCUUCAGGGUAACCAACAUGUCAAACAUCGACUUGAAGACACUUGAGUUCUUCAACAACAUCCUGAGUGGCUGCGGUGUCGGCUCGUCCUGUAACAACUCCCACCUGAUUUUCCACAACUCGAGUGUUGACACUGGGCUGGAGAUUCUUGAUGAUGGAUCCCCGUGGCUACGAAUUGUCAUCUCUGUGGUGUACUUUGUGGUGGCUACAGCAGGAGUGUUGGGCAACUUGUUAGUGAUGUUCCUGCUUUACUCAACUCACACCAUCACCACAGGCACCAUCAACUUCUUUGUGUUCAACUUGGCUUUGGCCCACCUGCUGUUCUCCCUGGCCUUGCCAUUUUGGGCCGUGGACAUUGCGAUGGAUUACAGCUGGCCUUUUAGCCUGGCCACAUGCAAGGCCGUGUCCUUACUCACUGGGCUGAAUGUCUUUGCGAGCUGCUUUUUCCUGACAGCGAUGAGUUUGACCAGGUACUGCUUUGUGGCAACUGCUCUCAAACCCAGUGGCUCCCUGUGCAGUAGAUCUUGCACUUCUCCAGUGGCCACGGCUUUUAUCUGGGCUGGAGCGCUCGUAGCGGCAGCACCACGAGCUCUGUUUGCCGACCUGAGCCUCGUGGGCAGCGGCAACGACACAGCAUGCCUGCUCCGUUUCCCAGAUGGCACGGCCUGGCUUGGAAUAAACCAGCUCCUGCGCAUGGUGCUGGGAUUCCUGCUCCCCUACGCCAUCAUAAUCAUCUCAUACCUGCUUCUGCUGCGCUUCCUCUGUCGCCAUAAGCUGAAGGGCAGCAACUCUCGGCGAAAGGCCGACGUUUCAAAGUCUGUGGCAGUGGUGGUGCUUUCAUUCUGCGCUUGCUGGUUCCCGUACAAUGUCCUCACACUGUGGGGUGUGCUGAUCCAGCUGGACAUUGUUGAUAUCAGCCCCUCGUUCUACUUGGCUCAAACAUACUUCUUCCCUCUGGCUAACUGCUUGGCUUUCGCCAGCAGCUGCUUCAACCCUGUCAUCUACUGCCUUGUUCGAAAAGAAUACCGCGUGGCUCUCCGCAAUGUGCUCCUCAAGUUGAGUCUGGCUAUUAUGUCCAAGAUGCCCUAUUGCAUUAACUCUAAGGGUGGGUCGGCACAAGCUGGGCAACUGGCGGUUUCUCUCAACAUGCACAGCCACACAUCUCAGUCUGACACAAAGAGAUAUGCACCAUUGUCAACACUCCCCACAGCAGUGUCCAAUCUGUAAAGCCACAACACGGUGAUCGUAUUCUUUACGCCUGUACUUAAGUUAUGUUUAAGAAUGAUGUUUUAUUCUAUUGUGUGCUUCAGAAUGAGCAGUGUUGUUCUCUGCAUGUGCAGAGGAUGUAUAGUUGUAAAGAUCUGUCGUAGAGAUGCCGCACCUCAACCUCUCAAUUAAUCUUAGUAGUAUUGAAAUAGAAAUUUCAUACAAGUUUUCUACUGUAUGAAAUUAAUGUAUAUGUCUACCACUGCUGUUUGGAAUUACUAAUAUUGCUGCACUGUAGGUCUGGAUUGUGAUUGUCUUGGUUGUAAUUUGUCAGGUAUGAAAGCAUUUUUUGUCUU